ACAAUUGCGGAAAGUGUGAAUAUGCGUAUGGCAAAUGAGAGAGCAAUUUGCGACAAUUUUAUUCUCCCUUCACUGAGGGAAGUGAGAAAAUUUUUUCGCGUGAAAUAUAGCACCGGAGAGGGAGGCAAUUAUGACAUAUUUUUUUUCGCGUGUCCCUGACUUUUCUCAGUCGUCGUCGGACCCCCAAAGCAGAUGGAAUUCUCCUUAGAUCGGUAUUACAAGUUGAAUCGCCUGCUGUUGUCCGGAAUCGGACUAUGGCCCUAUCAAAGUGCGACAAACGCUUGGAUCCAACGAGUGUUCGCAAUUUCGUUUAUGAUCUGGGGCGUAAUCGUUCAGAUAGCUAAGAUGUGUAUGUCAGAAUUAACAAUGGAUUUUACACUCGAUUGUUUGCCCAUUCUCAUCCCUAAUAUUGGCAUACUAUUGCAAUUUAUUGAUCGUAUAAUAAUUAAUGACAAACUGAAAAGUUUACUCGAUCAUAUUAAAAUCGAUUGGGAACGCACCCGCUCUCGGAAUGAUAUUAAAAUUAUGCGAAAAUAUGCAGCGAGCGCAAGAUUAAUCACGAUAUUAUUUUCGUGUAAGUGGAAUCAUGGAAUCUGAGAAUUGCAAAAUGCAAAAGAAUCAUGCAACAAAAUGUUUAAUAAAAA